UAGGAAAAGCAAAAGACACCAAAUAAAUCAAGUACCUUAAAUUUCCUUCAAUCAACAAAGUAUCAUAUUCAUCAUCAUAUAAUUAAUAUAUAUUCUCUUCUUCAUUUUCAACUUUAACAACCAUGGAGAAUAUUGGUGAUGAGUACAAGCAUUACUGGGAAACCAACAUGUUCCUCCAAACUCAAGAACUUGACAGCUGGGGAUUGGAUGAAGCUUUUUCAGGAUACUAUGAUUCAAGCUCUCCUGAUGGUGCAGCUUCAUCAGCAGCUUCAUCUAAGAACAUUGUUUCUGAAAGGAAUAGAAGGAAGAAGCUUAAUGAAAGACUCUUUGCACUUAGAGCAGUGGUCCCCAACAUUAGCAAGAUGGAUAAGGCUUCAAUUAUUAAGGAUGCAAUUGAGUACAUACAACACUUACAUGAGCAAGAGAAGAUUAUUCAAGCUGAGAUAAUGGAACUUGAAUUAGGGAUGCCAAAUAAUAUUAAUCCAAAUUAUGAUUAUGAUCAGGAGCUUCCUGUGUUGCUAAGGUCCAAGAAGAAGAGAACAGAUCAAUUAUAUGAUUCUGUCAAUUCAAGAAACUCUCCUAUCGAAGUCCUUGAGCUUAGGGUGACAUACAUGGGAGAGAAUACAAUUGUAGUGAGCUUGACAUGUAGCAAAAGGACAGACACAAUGGUAAAAUUGUGUGAAGUGUUUGAAUCUUUGAAGCUUAAGAUUAUUACAGCCAAUAUCACUUCCUUUUCAGGCAGGCUUUUGAAGACAGUCUUCAUUGAGGCAAAUGAAGACGAGAAAGAUCUAUUGCAGAUAAAGAUCCGAACAGCCAUUGCAACUCUCAAUGAUCCUUUAAGUCCUAUGAGCAUCUAAUGAAGUGCAUUUAUAUAUAUAUAUAUUUAUCAUUUUCAAGCCACUAGUAUAUAAGUAUAGUGUUGAGAAACUGUGGCUUUUAGGUUUUGAUAGGAGUCCCUUAUUGUGUGUUCUUAUUCCUGUUCAAUGUUCUAAUUAUUGAGGAGCUUUGCUAAGUUUGUAAGUUUUCCUCCUUUUCAUCCAUAUUUGUGUCGCUUCAUGUAUGCUUAGUAUAAUAAUCAAAGCAUAAUGGACCUAUAUCGAUGUCGAUGUUCCGUGGUAUUGGUGGAGUAUUUACCGGGGGUACUGCAAAAUAUGUGGGAGCCCCCCUCAAACGGAAAAAUAAAAUUUAACGAGGAUUUAGUUCACCCUACACGUAGACAAUAUAGAUAUCCUGCUUUUAUAUGUAAUAUAGAGUUGUAUGUAGCUAACGAAAGUCACGAUAUUAUAUGUGAUUGUUCCACCAAAAAAAAUUUCUAUUA